CGCGCGCAGUGAGCUGGUCGGUCUCGCCGGGCGUGCGGCGCCUCCGCCAUCUGUGCUGUGGAGCUGCCGCGCCCGACGAGGCGCUUGGCGGCGGACCUCGGCCGCCCGCGCAGCAUGACCCGGCCCGUGCAGCUGGCGCCGGGCUCGCUGGCGCUGGUGCUCUGCAGGCUGGAGGCGCAGGAGACGGCGGGGGGCGCGGAGGAGGCUGGCGGGCGCGCGGUCUUCCGCGCCUUCUGCCGCGCCAACGCGCGCUGCUUCUGGAACUCGCGGCUGGCGCGCGCCGCCUCGCGGCUGGCCUUCCAGGGCUGGCUGCGGCGCGGGGUGCUGCUGGUCCACGCGCCUCCGGCCAGCCUGCAGGUGCUGCGGGACGCCUGGUGCCGUCGGGCGCUGCGCCCGCCGCGCGGCUUCCGCAUCAGGGCCGUGGGUGAUGUCUUUCCAGUACAAAUGAAUCUAAUAACUCAGUCUCAGUUUAUACCCUUGGCUGAAGUUCUUUGCUGUGCCAUAUCUGAUAUGAAUGCCACGCAGACUGUGGUAACACAGGAAUCACUAUUGGAGCAUUUGGUGAAACAUUACCCAGGCAUUGCAGUUCCAUCUCAAGAUAUUCUCUAUACCACUCUGGGAACUCUGAUUAAAGAAAGAAAGAUUUAUCACACUGGAGAAGGAUACUUCAUAGUUACUCCUCAGACUUACUUCAUCACAAAUACAAACCCCCAAGAAAAUAAGAGAGUCCUAUUAGAUGAAAGUCACCUGGUGCCAACUUGCAUUACAUGUCUGGUGAGCAUGGAGAGCUGUGCAGAGUUAGCCAAAGAAAAUGCUGCCUCCAUUUCCCAUUGUCAGUCUUGCCAGUGUUUCCCUGCUGUGUGCACUCAGGUUGUGCAGAAACCACCAGAUGCUGCAGAAGUGAGUAGAAAAGGCCAGAAAGGUCUUGGGGGAUCCAGAUCCUUAGUACAGAAUCAAGCGGUUUCGGUGUCUGAGCAGAAUCGUGUAUUUGAGAGCACCAAACCUUUAUCAUACACAAAAGAGAGAGAAAAAUGCAGGAAGUUUGGCUUUAGCCUCUUCUGGCGCAGUAUAUCCAGAAAGGAGAAGUCCAGAACAGAGCAUAGGAGCUUUUCUGCUCAAUUCCCACCAGAAGAAUGGCCUGUCCGAGAUGAAGAUAAUUUGGACAAUAUCCCUCGAGACAUUGAACAUGAGAUAAUCAGACGAAUUAAUCCCAUUCUGACUGUUGACAAUUUAAUCAAACAUACAGUCCUAAUGCAAAAAUAUGAAGAACAGAAAAAAUAUAAUAGUCAAGGCACUUCCACUGAUAUGCUGAAAGUCAGACAUAAAUAUCCUUUAAAAGAGGGAGUUAAGAAAAGGCGGGGCCGGUCUGCAAAGCCUCAAAUGCGGUGCCAUUCUCACAGAGAUAGACAAAAAACUACAAGUCAGGGAAGUGAGCCCCAGGCAGGAAGCAUUAAACUGGAGAAACACCCCAAGCUCCCUGCUACACAGCCCUCCCCCAGAAUUAAAAGGUCAAAUAAAGCAGUAGUUCAGAAACCACUUGGUGAGAAUCCAUCAGUGCUUGGUUCCCAUUUGAUUUACAAAAAGCGAAUCAGUAAUCCUUUCCAGGGAUUGUCUCACCGAGGGGGCCCAAUAACCAAAGGGCACAACAACUUAAAGCCCAGUGAUCUGAAACCCAAUCAGAUUGGACCAAAGGGAAAGCCUUUCCAAAGGUCGAGAUCUUUGGAUUCCUCAAGAAUCUUUGAGAGUGAAGCCAAACAGCCAUAUGCUGAACAAUAUAGUGAUAAACUGAGUACAAAAUCCAUAAAUAUGAAUAACUCUGCUGUCAAACCCAAAAGUGAUGACUUUAGAGAUCACCUCUUCAAUUAUUCGCAAUGUACUGUUUUGCAAAAUGAUAGUAAAUGCUGUUCCUUUAGAGAACGCAUGUUGAGAUCUGAUGUGUAUGGUGGAGAAAAUGAGGUAAUCCCUGAAGUCUUGAGGGAAAGUUAUUCUCACUCGGACACUUUAGGGGAAACAAAUGAAACACAGCAUGUUCUGCCGUCACAAGAUUCCUCCUCUUUAGAGCAAGCAUCCUCUGCUUACAGAUUAGUUGAUAAAACAAUGCAGCAGUUCCAAAAUCUUGGUCUUUUGGAUUACCCAGUUGGUGUGAACCGUUUGAGACAACCUGAGAGACAAGAUAGAGACUCAGAAGAAACACUAAUGAGAAAGGCUUUUGUCUGGGAAGCAGAGACUGAGAGUCUACAGAAUGAAGGCCUUUCUGACGAUGACCAGGCCUUAUAUCAGAAUGAAGUGGAUGAGAAUGAUGGUGCCUGCAGUUCAUUAUAUCUAGAUGAGGAGGACUUCACUGAGAAUGAUGACUUCUGUCCAAUGCUGCCUGGCCACAUUCAGCAUUCCUUUACAGGGGGAAACAAGUGGAAUCAUUUAGGGAAACAAAAGGUGACUGAAAGGUCUCUGACUGAGUACAACAGUGAAAUACAUAGGUUUGAGCCUCAGGUGGUUAAGGGAAAUGAAGGUUACAAACCCACUGGGUUGCUCACUAACCGAAGGGAAAGCCAAAAACCUAAUCUCUCUGCUGACAGCUGUGGCCUCAGUUCAGGGACCGGGUCUGGUUUUAACUGUGAACAGGAACUCGAUGUUGCUGAACAUGUCCAGGCUUCAGCGUCUGUUGGCGGAAGUAUAUUUGAUUACUGUAGCACAAGGAAAGGCAAUUCAGAGGCUGAAACUCUACAAGACUCGGUUGAUGACACAGAAAAGAAACCCGCUAGCUGGAGUCAGAGUACACAGAAUCAGGAAAUGAGGAAACCAUUCUCACAAAAGUUAGAACUUUUUAACACUUCACAUAUGCCAGGACUGAUUCAGAAUAUACAACAUGAACACAGUCACUUGGAAGGAACAGAAAAUAAUAGCAUGGCAGGAGAUAGUGGAAUAGAUUCACCACGGACACAGAGUCUGGCAUCUAAUAAUUCAGUCAUUUUGGAUGGACUAAAACGAAGACAGAAUUUUCUGCAGAAUUUUGAAGGCACAAAGAGCAAUCAACCACUCACAUCCAAUGCCUUACUACAACUGACUCCAGUCAUAAAUGUUUAAUUCUUUCUUUUAUUUUGGAAACCUUUUUAUCAAAGUAUACAAAAUUCAUAUAGAAUGUUUUAAUCAACUGUGUAUAUAAGAAUUCUCUGAAGCCAAGCAUAUAUACUACUAAUCUCAUUACUUCUUUUUUUCUACUUGCUUUUUUCUGAUUUUGACAUUUUAAAACUUUUCUUUAGCAUAUUUUACUAUGAAUUAUUGAGAAUAGAUUUUUUGCAAUUAAAAAAACCAUGGAAUCCUUGGUCCUCUUCCAAUUUAAUGUAAUUAAUGAAAAAUUUCAAACAUACAUUAGUUUCUCAAAUACAUAGGAUACCGAUAUUGAGUUUUCUCUACCCACACUAUUACUGAGUUCUUACGUUAAAUGGAUCUCACCACAUUUCAACACAAAAAUCCAGAACAUAGUAUUUUAGGAUUGCAUGGAUACUUUGUUUGCACCUAAAGUCUUUUAAUCAGGAAGACUUUGUGGAGAUGUGUUAGAUUUUGAAACAAGAAUUCCUUCCAUACAAUCAUUUCUGCCAAGGAUCUUUUCUACAAUCACCUUAAACAUGAACAAAUGGCUUUACAUUGUGAUUGACUGACAGUGUCCAAAAUACCUGUGGCAGUGGCAUCUCCACCAUCUCUGGUUCUUUCCUACAUUUGAGGCUCUCUCUAUAGCAUGCCAGUGAGAAGUCAAGAUGUUCUCAGAUAGUGGAGAUAGAAGGGAAGCAGAAUGGUUGAAGAAUGACUUGUAAGUGAAAGGGAGGUUCUGAAUUCGAGAUUUAGAGAGAAGAUGGAAUAUGGCUGAUAGACAAUUCAUCUACAUUUGAUCCAUUUCCACUCAUGAUCAUAAGACCUAAAUAGCUUUGCCAGAAUUUUUUUCUGGCAGGCCUUUCAGACCAAGUAGUGGAAUGGUCAAGUUCUCUUGGAGUUUGGGGAAUGUGGAACAGUUGAAUGGUUUUAGCAUAUUGUGUAAAUGUUAAUGCUUAUUUAUGAUUGAAGGAAUGCUUCUUCUAAAAGGUUUCUAAAGCUUUCUGAGGUCAAGGGCUUAGAUCUCAAGGUUGACUGAAGAAUUGUAGAGUGCCUCUUUCAAACUCUCACUGUCCUGACAACAGUGAAGGCCAGAAUGAAGCUCAGCACUGAGGACUGCCACCAGGCCCUGUGGGAGUGAAGAGGGUGGAGAUCUCAUAUGCUGCUCUGUUUUGCAGUGC